AAGUAACUUGAUGACGACGACAAUCCAAUCAAAUUCCUAAAUUAUCCGCAAAGUGCUAAACAGAAAUUAUAUAUAUAAACUGAUAAAAGAAAGGAAGAAUUGAAAUUAAAAUACUCCCAAGUCCCCUAUAAUUUUUCUUCGCAGAGUCUUGCAGAUAGCGAUUUUUCUCGUCUGAGUGCUGAAAUGGCAAAAAGUGCAUUCAAAUUCGAGCACCCACUGGAACACAGACAAGCUGAAGCAGCUCGCAUCAAGGAGAAAUAUCCCGAUAGAAUUCCUGUGAUUGUUGAAAAGGCUGAAACGAGUGACAUUCCCGACAUAGCUAAGAAAAAGUACCUCGUCCCAGCUGAUUUAACUGUUGGACAGUUUGUAUAUGUGGUGCGAAAGAAAGUAAAUUUAACUCCUGAGAAAGCCAUAUUUGUGUUCGUGAAUAACAUUUUACCUCCAACUGCUGCUUUAAUGGCCACAAUUUAUGAAGAUAACAAGGAUGAAGACGGGUUUCUUUAUUUGACUUAUAGCGGGGAAAAUGUGUUCGGAUCAAGUUGCUGCGCCUGCUGCUGAUUCGCGUGUGAAUAAUCAAAGUCAUCCAAAACUUGUUCAGUAAAUCUUCCAGUUCAUGACUAUCAUUCACUUAUGUUCCUUGGAUCCAAAAUUUGUUUUUCUGACCAUUAAUUUAGGGCUUAAUCCUCGUAAUACUACCACUUAUUUGUAAUUAGGAGGUUCUGUACAAUGAAGGGCUGUUGUGCCAACUGCUAAGUAUGGGGCAACUUUUAGCUGCUGAAGUUGGCAAUGGACCAUCUAUGUAACGUAAUAAACGUGUUCAAAAUACUUGAUUUUGUUCGGAUUGAGCCAUUAAGUGGCUCUGUUCGGGA